CCCACGUUCUUCCCUCCCUCUCUCCAAUUUCUUUUGUGCUUCUCCUCUCUCUCUCUCUCUCUCCGUCUCCCCCCACAGAAAGUGUGAGAACGCCAAGAGCGUCAAGCUGAGGGAAAGAUGAGGGAGCUGGUCUCCUCCUCCACCUCCUCCCCCACCGCGGCCCUCGUCGCCGCCGGCCACGCGGCGCUCCGGGGAUGGUGGGAGGAGGUCAACGAGUCGCCGGCGUGGCAGGACGGCGCCUUCUUCUCCCUCACCGCCGCCUACGCCCUCGUCUCCGCCGUCGCGCUGAUUCAGCUGGUGAGGAUCCAGCGCAGAGUGCCCGAGUUCGGCUGGACCACGCAGAAGGUGUUCCACCUCAUGAACUUCGUCGUCAAUGGGGUUCGUGCCGUUGUAUUCGGAUUCCAUGCCUAUGUCUUCCUCCUCCAAACUAAAGUUUAUAAGUUGGUGUUACUAGACCUCCCCGGCUUGUUGUUCUUCUCGGCCUACACCUUACUUGUUCUUUUCUGGGCAGAAAUAUACCAUCAGGCUAGGAGUCUCCCCACCGAUAAGUUAAGGAUUAUAUACCUAGCCGUUAAUAGCAUCGUAUAUGCAAUUCAGAUCUGUAUUUGGGUGUACCUUGGAAUAAACGACAAUGCGUUGGUUGAGCUGGUGAGCAAAAUCUUCAUCGUAUCUGUCUCCGCCGUGGCCCUUCUUGGUUUUGCAGUAUAUGGUGGAAGGUUGUUUGUCUUGCUGAGACGUUUCCCCAUUGAAUCAAAGGGGCGAAAAAAGAAGCUUUAUGAGGUUGGGACUGUGACGACAAUCUGCUGCACCUGUUUCCUGAUAAGAUGCAUCGUGGUGGCAGUAUCUGCAUUUGAUGCUGAUGUUUCUUUGGAGGUUUUAGAUCAUCCAAUCCUAGAUUUCUUCUAUUAUAUGUUGACAGAGAUACUGCCUUCCGCGCUGGUCCUUUUCAUCCUUCGGAAGCUUCCACCUAAGCGAGCAUCGGCGCAAUAUCACCCUAUUAACUAGAGUUUUUGUGCUUAUGUAUGAUGUUAUGCUUGGAAUAAUGGAUAAACUUGGAAGUGCCCAAAAUUUUACAUGUCUGGUGUGAGCUGAAUGCUGGUGUUUUCCAAAAGCAUCGAAGUGUUGUCGAUGGAUUAUGCAAUGUGCAGUUCAGGGGCCCUAUAGCAGUGAA